CCUUUGCAGACACCGUACGCGGGUUCCUCCGAGGGAAGGUUUAACUGCCCGGAAGCGGAAGUCUCGUUCUUUUCCGUCCUUUUUGUUUGUUACUGCUUGCUGCGCCGGCCGCGUACUCUCGCGCCUCUUAGCCAUGCCUCGCAAAAUUGAGGAAAUCAAGGACUUCCUGCUCACGGCCAGGCGAAAAGAUGCCAAAUCUGUCAAGAUCAAGAAAAACAAGGACAACGUGAAGUUUAAAGUCCGAUGCAGCAGAUACCUUUACACCUUGGUCAUCACAGACAAAGAGAAGGCCGAGAAGCUGAAGCAGUCCCUGCCCCCAGGUUUGGCGGUGAAGGAGCUGAAAUGAAGCAGACACGCUGAUCUGUAUUAAAAUGUUAAAAA